CGUAAGCGCGAGGACUGGGUGUAAGUCCCUUUUUUCAGUGCCGUUUGAAUGUCCUUUCAACGAAUGGGUCGUAAGACGAGGACUACCUCUAAUACGGGACGCAGCCAGUCGGUUCCAGCGGGCGAAGUCUUCCAUCGGUUUUGUGUUCUCCUCCAUUUUUCCCACAGGUCCGCGUACCGACCCGGGGUGAGUAAGAUCAGCUCCCGCGUCCUCCUUCGGUUCCCCCAAAGAGUGAAGAAUCGAGGGACAGCGGACUUCCUUCCGGUGAAGCCGCGACACCAGUGGGAGUGGCACAGCUGUCACCAGCAUUAUCAUAGCAUGGACGCCUUCAGCAACUAUGACCUUCUGGAUGUCGUCUCCCAUGAGAAGGUGGCCGAAGGUCACAAAGCCAGUUUCUGCCUGGAGGACACCUCUUGCGACGCAGGGGUCCGACGACGCUAUGCGUGCACCGCUCAUAUUCAGGGUCUGAGCCCAGGCUGUUACGAUACCUACCAUGCCAAUAUUGACUGCCAGUGGAUUGAUAUUACCGACGUCCCUCCUGGAAACUAUAUCCUCAAGGUGACCGUCAACCCCGAUUUCCUGGUGGCCGAAUCGGACUUCUCCAAUAACGUUGUCCAGUGUGAUAUUGUGUACACAGGGAUGUAUGUCGACACGCAAAACUGCCGAAUUACAAGCAGUUUCUGAAAAGAGAUUCCUCCAGUCCAGGAACCAAGCAUCCUUGAGAGGCCCAUUUUCGCCAUUUCGGAUGUCUUGAGUCCCAAGACAUCCCAUUCGACCCCAACUCUUUGCUGGAGAAGGAGGAUGGAGCGAAGAACCAAGAGGUCAUCUGGCUUGACCCCGUGCCCAUUUUCUGGGACGCAGAACCAAACUCUUGCUGGCACCUUGGCCCAUCCGUAGGAAGUGAUUGCCUUCAACGCCUGUUGAAGAUAAAACGAAUUCCCCUCUCACCUUUUUCCCCCUCCCCUAAUAUUACUGUGAAUAUCCUGCAAAAAUAACCCCAUAAAUAAUCUCUGGCUAUAGCAAA